CAUAUGGGUGUAUCUUACUGUUAUUAGACCUUGUAAUGUUGCUUGAUAUUGAAACAUGUUUGACUGAUAUCUGACUGAUAUAUAUGAAUGUAUCUGAAUAAUUUCAAUGGGUGUAUCUCACUGUUAUCAAUGAGUGUAUCUGAAUCAUAUCUAUGGGUGUAUCUUACUGUUAUUAAUGGGUGUAUCUGACUCAUAUAUAUGGGUGUAUAUUACUGAUGUCUUUGGGUGUAUUUUUCGUUUCAGACAAAAUGGCAGCAAGAAACCAAACAAAGGACCUUAAGUGUGCCACACAUCUCCUGAGUGAUAAGUUCAGAAACAUGACUGAGGAGAAGAAGGCAAUUGUCAGGGAUCUCGGAUUUGGUGGGUUGAUGCACGUCCCACCUCUAAGGGUGGAUCACCAACUCUUAAGGGAACUGGCAAACAACUUCAAACUUAGGAAGAACAAACUGAAGACAGAAUAUGGUUCUUUCCAAAUAACACCAAAGACAAUAGGUGAUGCGCUUGGCAUCAAUGCAACAGGAAAUCUGUUUCCUGAGAAAGUUGAGUAUAAGCAACUUUCUGAUGAUGACAAAAUAAUUUAUAGAAGAUUUCAGGGUAAGACCCUCAAAAGUCUUACCGAUGAAAUGAUGGAAAUCGGCGUUGGCAGCGAAGAGGAACGCCUGAUGUUCAAGAGGAUAUUCAUCCUCUACAUACAGAUGGCGUUCCUUUUGCCAACGACGAUAAACAAAAUAUCACCCGUGCACCUGGCCCCAAUUUUUAAGAUGGACGGCAUAUCGGAGAGAAACUGGGGGGGACAUGUUUUGACCUUCAUAAUUAAGGGCAUCACAGACUACCAGGAGAAGAAGAAGAAAGAGAGGAAAUUUUGGUAA